AUGAAAAAAAAAAAGAAAAAAAAAAAAAACGCAGCUGCCCUUAAGUUCUCGCUCUUUCUUUUUUUCUCAAAAUCACGCCUCACUCCUUUCUUCUCAUCAACACGCACACACAAACCUCCAUCGAUCUAUCGAAGUUGUGUUCCCUCCCCGUCUUCGCAGUCGUCGGCCUCCUCUCCGUCUCCAGCUCCGACUGCUAGGCCACAGCACCUCCGGCACCACCUCCAAUUGCUACGCCACAGCACCUCCGGCUCCACCUCCGACGACUUGUGCAACGACUUCUACAGAUCCUGCCAAACAGCCCCUUAG